AAACGCGCUAGGCGCGCCAAAUCGCUCUUAAAUAAUAUUUAGUUGGUCCUCACGAACCUCAACCAUUUCCGCGUCGCAUCCACCCCUAUAGCUAUGCGUAUCUGACCUUCAGAAACUCCUCGCAUCGCUUGGGAUCUGCCUCUGAUAGGCCUGUCUGUUUAGACUGUGCCCCAUUUGCUUCCACUAUGGACCGGUCUCAACGAGAACAAUCCAGUUCCGCUGGCAAAUUCCAGAGGAGGAUGUCUAACAAACCCUCUGACGAGUUGACCCACUCCUUUAAUCGCCUUUCUCUUGCGACAAAUUCUGUUGCAGCCGGACCACCCUCAUCGCCAUCCCCAUCUCCAUACCAGUCCCCUUCGCGGUCUUUCGACCAGAACAAUUCCCACUCUCGCCAUGACUCCCCUUCCAGAGCCUUCGCCAACCAUCCAUCCGUUCCCCGAAGGACCCCUAGUACCAGCUCUCUGAGGGACGAGAGAAGAGUGUCCACUUCUUCACUACAAAAGAGAUCAUCGGUCAGCUCGCUACGCUCUGUCCAAACCUAUAGCGGUAAUGGUGUUGCUCCUCAGCGCCCUAGCCUUUCCAGACGCGCUUCGUCGAAUUUCCUUUCUACUACAUCUCCGAGCAUGCGCCCCAGAUCCCCCAUGCCAGAGCCGCCCGUUCAGCCUGCGGCACCAACAGCCUCUUCGAUCGCCCAAGAACAUUUUAAAAGGGAGUUGGCUUUGCAUCAGUCUACAGACCUGCAGUCCAAAACACUUGUUAUCGUGCAAGAUGCCUGCUACGGACAUAGGUUCUCCCGCCCAAGAACCUCCAAAGCUGGCCUGGAGCAAAUUGUCGAGCGUCCAGAGCGCCUACUUGCAAGCGUACUUGGCGUAUCGACUGCCUAUAUUCGCCUAGGGAGACGAUAUGACGAUGGCCAAUUUGCUCCACAUCCAGACCUUGACAUCCGAUCAUUGCCAGUCCCGCCCUUUCAAAUACGGAAGACGACACGCACAAUGUCACUUAAUUCCCCAGCGGUUACCCAUGUUCAUGGUGCAAAAUGGAUGGAUGAACUACAGAUUAUGUGCGAAGCUGCAGAAUCCCGUCUCGCUUUGAAUGGAAAGGAGCUGGUCCGGCCUAGCAGUUCGGGGCGGGAUAGUAGUUCCGCAAGCCGACCAAAGUUACAUGAGGGCGACUUGUAUUUGUGUUCAGAAUCCUUAAAUGCGUUUGAGGGUGCGUUGGGGGGAGUGUGCGAAGCUGUGGAUGCCGUGUUUGGACCCUCUUCUACUACACGGGCGUUUGUGAGCAUUCGCCCCCCUGGCCAUCAUUGCUCAGCGGACUAUCCAUCUGGGUUUUGCUGGCUUAACAACGUUCAUGUUGGUAUUACACAUGCUGCAAUGUCACAUGGCCUCACACAUGCCGCUAUUAUCGAUUUCGAUUUACACCACGGAGACGGAUCGCAGGAAAUUGCUUGGGAACAAAAUCGAAAGGCAAAAGGGGCCUCCAAGAAUGCACCACCUCAUAAGAAAACGGCAAUCGGUUAUUUCAGUCUCCACGAUAUCAACUCCUAUCCUUGUGAGGCUGGUGAUGUAGACAAGGUUCGCAAUGCUAGCGUUUGCAUCGACAAUGCUCAUGGCCAGUCAAUCUGGAAUGUUCAUCUUGAACCUUGGAAAACGUCCGCUGGCUUUUGGGAACUGUACAAUACGAAGUACUCUAUUCUUCUUGAAAAAACUCGAAAGUUUCUACGAUCCCAUACACAGCGUUUGCUAAACUCUCAAAAUCCGCCACCUCCCAAAGCAGCAAUUUUUAUAUCUGCCGGUUUUGACGCUAGUGAGUGGGAAGGCGUUGGCAUGCAGAGACACAAAGUCAACGUUCCCACGGAUUUCUAUGCCAAGUUUACAGCAGACAUUGUACGAAUUGCAGAAGAGGAAGGUCUGGGCGUUGAUGGCAGAAUUAUAAGCGUUUUAGAAGGAGGUUACUCUGACAGAGCUCUUAUAAGUGGUGUGCUCAGUCACUUGUCAGGGCUUGCGGAUAGCCAGAAAAAUACUUCUGAAAAUGGAGAUAAUCGCCUUGCAACUGAGAUGCUGAGUCGCCUUGGUUUGAACGACCGUCCUGAGACUGUCUUAGAAGAGGACUCAACCUUUGAUACCGAAUGGUGGAAACUUCCACUGCUAGAAGAACUAGAACUUCUUGCAAACCCACCACCUCCAACUCCAGCUCGCAAGCCUCGUGAGAAGGGACCUCCCACGUAUUGUUCUCCCACGCAGGCGUCAGUCGCUAAGAUCGUCAUGCCUUCCCGUGACCGGAGAUCGAUUUCAUCGCAGCUAAGCGCCGGAGAUGGAGGAUAUGCCCGUCCCCCACUCCCGGUCAUUGACUGGGCAACGGCCGCAUAUGAAUUAUCGAAAGUUCUUAUCCCUACAGACCGCCAAACCAUUAGUUAUCAGCACUCGGAAUUGAAGGCUGAAAAUACUCGGAUCCGACGUGACGGCCAUUCAACUUCGAAUGUUUCCGAGUUGAUUGCGGUUGAUGAUCGGAGACCAAUGCAGUUAAGGGAGAGAAAACAAAAGUCACCAACACCUGAGCUCCAAACCCCCAAGCGACCAUCUAGAACUUCGCGACGGACCACCAUAGCCUCAGUGAGCGACCUUCCCGAUGCCUCUAUCAUCGAAUCUUCUGGGAGUAGUAACCAAAAUUCCAAAGCUACUGAUGCACAUAGCUCACGACGCCUUAGCAUAGCGUCGACGGUGGCGUCGACUACUGGUGGUGCCCGUAGCAGGGGAAGCGUAGAGGGAACUUCGCCGCCCUCGUCAAAUGAAAGCAGUGCCCACGUGUUGAAUUCACGUUCAGGAACCUCAAAUGGGAAGUCUACAGACGCAAUAUUGGUGCAGAAAUCGCGAGCUGCAAAUGUCCGGACCAGCCCGAGAAAGACAGCAGCUGCUCCACAAGCACGAACUAUCGGCGGUGGGCCCAUGCCCCCUGCUCGCUCCUCGUCUAUAAACAAAGAUAUUUCAGAUCGCAAUCUCACCAACCUCUCCGCGGGUAUCAGAAAGCUAAAUAUCAAACUCAAAGUCCCUAGCCCGGAAGAGCAUGCAGCGAGGGAAGAGGAGCGCAGGAAAGUUACUACGAGCAGAUCCACUUCCAAAAAAUCCCAGACUUCGAAAACCCCUAGAUCGAGCAGCGCGAAAGCCACCGGGAAGAUAUCGCACCCUAACACUUCUUCAAACCAGGCUUCUUCGCCUCCACCUCCACCUCCGCCCCCACCUACUACAGCCCUAUCUAUCACCAGUUCCGAUCCUAUCAAGCAGAAAAUGCCACCCCCUCCUCCCCACAUAAACUCUGAUAUCGAUACCAUUCCUACCCCUGAUCUAUCCUCUCCCCCACUUUCAGCCAACUCAUCCAGCGGGGGCAUACGAGGGUGGCCAUCCGACCAAAUAACCCAGCGCAAGUACAAGGAGCCGUCGAAGACCCUCUCACCCGCAAUUAGGUUAGAGGACAAGGAUGACGCACCGUCUGCAUCACGUACUCACAUCUCGCCUCCCCUCACGCCACUCUGCGCGGAAAGUUCCGGCAGACAGCCUCAGCCUCAACUUUCUGUGAAACCGCCAUCUGCCCCGUUGGGGGGUGGCUAUCACAGCGCCGCCGUUGCGCAGCCAUCGACUAUAAAUCAGCUCCCUGUUUUCACAUCUACCUCCGCUAUCCCGUUUUCUACUGCUGCCGCUUCUAACGCGCCUCCUGUUCCACCCCAGGAGGAACAGCGAGAGUAAGGCCAUGACGGUCUGUUCGCUCAACUAGAAUCCGUAUUUGCGAGGUUACCCUGCUGCAAUUUUCCUUUUUGUCGACUUGCUUCUAGUCUAUUUCUUCUUCUAUCUAUACCCGCUGUAUUGGAUGUAUAUUUAAUCAUAUUCUCAUCGUCUGCAUUCAUUUCCCCCUUAAUGUUUGUUUAUCCUUCAUCGAUUUAAUAGUCAGCUGUACCAUGUCAGAUCUUUCCUUUAUUUCCGAUUUGUUUUCCUUUGUCUCUUUGUUCAUUUGCUUUUUGCAUUUAAUACCCAUUGAACUAUUAUUAUUGCCAUUUUCUCACUAAUUUCUUCUCUUCGUUCUUGAUCUUAUCCCUGUUUUCCCUUCUGUUUCUAUCUUUGCUUGCUGUCUAUCUAGCUUCUGUAGUAUUUUUAUCUUCCAUACACCCACCCACCUGGCCGUCAUACUCCUGUUGGUUUCUUUUUCAAAAUCUGCCUUCAUUAUCGUGACCACAAUUAUACCCCGCUGUAUUCCAACAAGUGUUCUAGCGAGUAAUAUGCGCCUUCUUGAAUUUUCUCUCUUUUCUCUCUUUAUCUUUUUUAUUUUAUCUUUUUGUUUGUUUUUGUUAUGAAGCUAAGUUAAUUGCACCCAUUCAUUAUUCAAAUUCAACUUCAAUGAUGAUAAUAAUCUCAAAUUGUCCUAGCUCAGAACCUCUCUCGAGCCUGCAUUUUUAUUUCCUAAAAAAAAUCAUUUUCCAAUCCGAAUAUAUUGAAAGAUGCCAAAACAGUGCAUUAACUCUUCCUCUCGUCACGUUUUCCUCUUGCUUCACAGCUCCCGCUUCUGGUGCAAGUUCCCGAGUUGAAAAUGUAUGGUUUUUUCUUCCCUUCGUAUCGUAAAAUAUCCCUCCCCUAUCUUCCUUGUGGUUCUUUCCCUGAACCACAAAAUUUCGGCAACUCCGAUCUUUUCGUUCUUUUCUUCUGCCCGCAUAUGUGGAAUGGUUCGGGCUCUUAACUACUAGUAAAAGCAUGGUGGUGAUCGAGCUCUGCCCCAAUGUCCUGCAACCAGUAUGAUUGAAUAGGACGGGGUGGAUUGGGGUUGCUGCCGCCUCAUGCGGUGAGCGGUUUCGGUUUAUUUUUAUUUGUAUUUUUAAAAGGGAAAAAAAAAAAAAAAAAAAAAAAAAAAAAAAAAAAAAAAAGAAAAAAAAAAAAAGAAAGAAAUCCUCCUGGGGCAAAAUGUCGAGGUAGUAAAACUCGCAUAACGGGGGAGGGCUUUCACGCAAAUCUUUACCGAGAUGGAUAGAUAGACACCUUUGGUCAUGUCGAGAUAAUACGAAACAACUCACGCGCUUUGCUAGAGACUACACAGUCACUUCCCUUGCUAAGGCGGUAAUUUUCAGAGCUCGAGAGCGUCUCCCUUUGGGAGGUGCCUGAGGCUUCUUGACACCCUGCGGUCUGCUUUGAGGUGGAGCUGCCCUGACGUUCUUUUCCCUAGAAGACUGAGAUCUUGACUCCUUCUUUCCGGUAGUCUCGCGAGUCGCCGUCCGGCUUGACUUUGGCGUUUCCUGUGCUGCUUGUUGCUGAUCAUCUCUUAAUGCUAAGGCGGUUUUUUUCGCAGCUGGAACUAGCUUCCUUUUCCUAGAUGACUGAGCUUUUGUGAUUCCUUGGGGCUUACUGUGCAGGGAAGUAGGCUUGGAGCUCUUUUUCCUAGACAGAGUCCUUAAAUACCUUCUAGAUUCAAUCUUGGGCGCUGUCUCGCUUUGCCUUGCUGCUUCCUGUGCUGCUUGUUGUUGAGUUUUCCUCGAUUCCAUUUCAAUAAUUCGCUGACUCCGACGCAAUGAACCAGUCUCAGCAAUGGGCACAGAGCGUGCCAUUCGUGAUUCAUUGGGUAUCAUAUCUCGUCUCGUGGCUGGUUUUGCGAGUGUGCUGCUUUGACUUGGUGGCGCCAAAGAAGCCGUCCCUAAAUGUGCAUGGCUAAGAUAUUUAGCAGGAACUGCUGGGUUUGCUUUCCUUCGUGAAGAGACUCGCGGUGAACCGACUAGGGAUUUCGUAGUACCACUGGCUGAGCGUUGACUCCUCCUCAAAGACUUCCCUGCACUUGGAGGUUCUAUUUCGAUAUGCGACGACGGCAAUGUUGCAGGUUCCUUGGUUUCGGCUUCUGCUUCUGCAGGACGGGGUGUCUUGUCUAAGCCGAUAGCACAUUCUUGCUCUAUUUUGGGAAACUCCGAUUCUAUCCAGCGAAGCCAACCCAGAUCUUUCUCCAGGUCAGAUUCUUCUAGUGCUCUCACAUAGUGGAUCCAGCCCAUAUUCUCAGGUAUCUGAGGAUUGCGCUUACCAGCCUCCCAGUCUGCUAUGUCUUUCUCUCGCUGUUUGCGCGCAGCCUCAGCCUUCUCCCUCCUGGGGAGUAAAAAUUUGUGUUCGUGAUAAUGAUACUCCUUCCACGUGUCUAUUUUGGACUGUUGUUUCUCAUCGAAAUGCAACUGGAUGCUGCCCUCAAUCCCCUCCUUUUCCCGGUAGUCAUGUACAGUCUGCUGGUAUUUAGUAAAAACCUUCACUGACCUCCGUUUUCGCAUCUGAUGGGUUAGGAAAACAACCCAUUGGUUUCGUUGGCCGCGAUAUCUCUGUCCCCAGUAUUCAACCAUAUCCAGAUGCUCUCCAAAGUCAUUAGUUUGUGCUUGGGCUAAUUCUAGUGGAAAGGCCGGCCGUCCACCCUGCUGUAUUAGAUAGUUAUAGUCCUCCAAGUUCUCUGCGCGAUGUUUCGCUCUAAUAGCUUCCAUCUCCGGGUCCGGACUCGGGGUAUGGGUUAGGAAAGACGCGGUGGUCUUGCUUUCGGUCGAAGCAGAGCGGCGGCGAGCAUCUGUACUGGAUAGAUUUCUGUUUUUUUGCCGACAAUAUUAAAUUUUUAAUCAGUAAUCCGGAUAUCUGUACAUCAAAAAUCCAAAUAGAAGCCUCACCUAAGUUUCUCCCCCAGUGCUGUCGCAUCCAAGCGGUAAUCCUGGCCUCUCGCGUCGACAAG